AUGAAUAUUAGACAUGUGAAUGGGUGUUCAUAUUUCGAGAGGAAGCAUGAUGAAUCAUGUAAAGAUGAGAUAAAGAAAGUAAUGGAUAAUUUAAUAUAUGAAAGACAAAAAAAUUUUGAAGAGAAUGAUAAUUAUUGCUAUAAUUCUAGUAUGAGUAUAUGCCCAAAUGUAUAUUGUAAUAUAUAUACUGAUUUAUAUAAUUGGUUUGGUUUUAAGAAUUGUCGAAAUAUAGAUACUGAAUCUUUGAAUACUUGUUUUACUGAUAUAACAAAUGGUGGUAUUGGCUAUUAUGAAAAAUUGAUAGUGUUAGGUGGUCGUAUAUUAGAAUUAUAUAGUGAAUUACAUUUUUUUAAUAAAUAUAAUUAUGAGAAGAAUGAAGAAAUAGUAGAUGAUUUAAAAAAUAUGAAAUGUAUUAAAGAAGUAGUAUAUCAUUAUUUAUAUGUUCAAAAAAGAAAAAACCGUGUGAUAUAUAAAAAUAGUUUAUAUUUAUUUGGAUACUCAUAUUUAUAUACUCCUUUAUUUUUUAAUAAUAAAAAUUCAAUUAUAAAAUAUGUAAAAGCUUGUAUAGCAUACGCAGUCAAAUAUAAUGAAUCAAAUAUUUUUUCAUGGAUGCCUUCUUUAAUUGAACAUAUAUAUCAUUCUCAGAAAUUAAAAGUAUCACAAAUAGAAGAAGAAAAUGAAUUAAUACAAGAUUUACAAGAAUAUUUCGGAUACCAAUUUGAUUAUAUUUUGCCAAGAAUAGCUGAAUGUUUUAGUUAUCAUAAUAUUUAUAUAAGUAAUUCUCACUUAACAGGUUUGCAAAUUAUUCAGCUUUUUUCGAAUGAGUACUUUUCUCUCUUAGCUGACGAUAUUGGAAUUUGCAGGAAGGAAAAAGCUGUAUGGGUUAAAGAAGAAACCGAUGCAUUUUUAAACUCCAAGUGUAUAGAGAUAUUUAGUGGUUCUAUGAUAUCAAUAAAUAAAUAUUUGAAUGAGAACAAUGUAAAAAUAGAUAAGAUAAAAAAUAUUUUUGAAAUGUUAUUAUCAUCAUGUUGGGUCCUAGGAAAUGAGAAAAGAAAUAGAAUAUGGGUGAGUGCCUUAAUUCAAAGAUUAAGACAAAUACAAUUAUUAACACAAAUAACAACAAUAGAAAAAUGGUGUUAUAAUAUAAAAAAAUAUAAUGAUAUAAAUAUAAGUAAUUUUGUAAAAGAUAUAUAUAGCUUUAAUAAUAUUAAUGGUAAUAUUCUUUCUCCAUUUCAAUUAAAUAAUAUAAAUACUUAUAUCCCACCAAAAGAAACUACAUUGAAAACAUUACCAUAUUAUACAACAGCUGUUCAUAAAUAUAAAGAAAAAGAUAGUGAUAAAGAAAAACAAAAUGUUAAUAAAAUGAAUGAAUGGAAUUUCUAUAGUAUCUUAAAUAAUAUAUCUAAUAAUAUUUAUAAGCAUUUUGUUCCUAGAAAUCAAAAUAACAGAAAAUCAUCCAACCUAAAGAAAAUUAUUUAUACAAACAAUGAAACAAUACAACAAGAUAUUAAAGAAUUAAACGCAAAGGCUCAAGCUCAGCCCUACGAUGACACUUAUAUGUCCUCAUCAGUAGAAUCAGAGGAUAUGAUGAAUGAGGAGGAAUAUGAAAAGUAUGAUUUAAUUAAUCAUGUGCAAAAGAAAAAAAAUGGAAUACCUGUCAAAAUAAGAUAUAUUAGGGAUACCCUCGAUGAUGAAAAUUCAAAAUAUGUAAUUGAAAUACCGAAAAAGGAUUUGAAGGGACACGAAAAUAAAAAUCACAUCAAAGCAGUUCUUUGGGGGAAUAGUAAAAAGGGAUUAGAAAUAAAAUUGCCAGGAACAAACAAUUUUGUUCCACAAAUGAAGAUAAAAUGA